GAAACUUGGUGGAAAGAUGGAAAAUGGGCCAAGAAAGAACCACUUCAAUGGUCAAGUGGAUCCAGACAACAGGGUGAAUGUGCAUGAGCCAUGCUGCGUGUGUUUAUCCUGUGUGCAGAGCGUCUGCAUACGCCGGACGACGACAUCAGUGACGCCUACUGCCAAGUCAUCUAUGAAGGGUCCAAGAAGAAGACAAAGGUCAUCAAGAACAACCCGAAUCCCGUUUGGAACGAGGGCUUUGAAUGGGACCUGAAGGGGAUUCCUCUGGACUCGGGAGCCGAGCUGCACUGUGUCGUCAAAGACCAUGAGAAGAUGGGGAGGAACAGGUUCCUGGGAGAAUGUCGACUCGCUCUCAGAGACGUGAUCAACUCUCCCAGCCUGGCCGCCUCUUUUACCAUCUCCCUGCUGGACACCAAGAGAAACAACACAGGGGCCACGCUGACCCUUCAGGUUUCCUACAUCCCUCCUCCAGGAUCGCUCCCCCUCUUCCAGCCUCCCUCGCAGCCUGAGCCUCUUCCCCACAACAACCCCACUGUGGAGCUGGACACGGUCACAAUGAUUUCCCUGGACACGCUGGGUGAGGAGGACACGGAGAGUUUGAUGAUGCUGGAGCCCACAGAGGACCAGGGGCCUGAUGACGGGCGGUCCAUGGUCGUCGUGGGCCCUCAGGGGCCCCCGGGCAAGGAGUCUCCCACCACCAACCACAUGCCCAAGCGUUCGCCGCCGUCCUACAACGCGCAGGGAGGUCUGAGGAAGAAGAGGAGGGGAGCCAGCAGUCAGCACAAGCCUCUGCCCAACAAACCUCAGGACCUGCAGGUUCGUGUGCGGGUCAUCGAGGGGCGACAGUUGCCGGGCAUCAACAUCAAGCCUGUUGUCAAGGUAACAGUGGCCGGGCAGACAAAGAGGACCCGCAUCAGAAAAGGAAACAGCCCUGUGUUUGAUGAGACGUUCUUCCUGAACUUCUUUGAGACGCCGUCAGACUUGUUUGAUGAACCCAUCUUCAUCACCGUGUGCGACUCUCGCUCUCUCCGAACUGAUGCUGUGAUCGGUGAAUUCAAGUUGGAUGUCGGCACCGUCUACAAUGAGCACAGACAUUGCUUCCUGAGGAAAUGGUUGCUGCUGUGCGACCCUGACGACCUCACUGCGGGGGUCAAAGGUUACCUGAAGGUCAGCCUGCUCGUCCUGGCCGCUGGAGACGAGCCACCGGCUGAUAAACGUGAGUGUGUGGAGGACAAAGAGGACAUCGAAGGAAACCUGCUGAGGCCGGCCGGUCUGUCCCUGAGAGGAGCCGCCUUCACCCUGAGGAUCUUCAGAGCCGAAGAUCUGCCGCAGAUGGACGAUGCCUUCAUGGACGGGGUGAAGCACAUUCUUGGGUUUGACAGCAACAGGAAGAACUUGGUGGACCCUCUGGUUGAGAUCCACUUUGCCGGCAAAACAAUCUGCACGAAGAUUCUGGAGAAGAACGCCAACCCACAGUGGAACCAGAGUCUGGCCAUGCCCAUUAGAUUUCCCUCCAUGUGCGAGAAGAUGAGGAUCAGGAUUCUGGACUGGGACAGAGCCAGUCACAACGAUGUCAUCGGCACCACCCACCUCUGUAUGUCUAAGAUCUCCGCCCCCGGAGGAGAGAUAGAUGAUGACUUGACUCCGCGGACCGUCCACCCUGGCAUCGACGACAGUCUUGGUUUCCUGCCGACAUUCGGUCCGUGUUUCGUGAACCUGUACGGCAGCCCCAGAGAGUUCACCGCCUUCAACGACCCGCACGAGAAUCUGAACCUCGGAAAAGGGGAGGGUGUAGCGUACCGAGGACGAGUUCUAGUUGAACUAACCACGAAGCUGGUGGACAAACCGGAGCAGAGAACUGAAGACAUCCCGUCAGACGACCUGCUGGUGGUGGAGAAGUUUCUCCGGAAGAGGAAGUACUCGCUCUUUGUGGCGUUUUACUCGGCCACGCUCCUCCAGGACGUCGACGAUGCCAUCCAGUUCGAGGUCAGCAUCGGUAACUACGGCAACAAGUUCGACUACACCUGCCUCCCUCUGGCCUCCACCACCCAGUUCAGCAGGGCGGUGUUCGAUGGUUGUCACUACUACUACCUCCCGUGGGGAAACGUGAAGCCGGUGGUGGUGGUGUCUUCCGAGUGGGAGGACAUCAAACCGAGGAUCGAGGCUCUCAACAUAGAUUAA